AUGUCAACAGUGACACAUCUAAUUUUCUCUCUCACUCUUUGGGAUGCCUUAAUUUUAUUCGGUACCUUGUUAAUACUUUACAUUACUAGAUUCUAUUAUUCAUAUUUCACUCGCGAAACUCCAUUCCCUGGUCCGCUUCCACUGCCCUUAAUUGGAAAUGUCAUUCAAAUAAGCCUCUCUGGUGACUUUAAUAAGUGGAUGCUAGAUGCCCAAGCUAAAUAUGGUGACAUGUGGGAAGUGUAUAUUGGCAGUGAGAAGCAACUUUGGCUGGGCCGGGCCGACUUGGUCGAAAAUAUACUGACUGCAUCAAAAGACAACAAGUAUUUUAUCAGAAACCCUCCCAACAGCGGACUCGAUGAAAUGGGUCUGUCAUAUAAUGGAAUGGUAUUUAAUAGAAAUAAAGAACGAUGGCAAUUCUAUAGAAAAAUGUUCGCUCAGGCGCUUACUACAGUAAAGUUCUCUAGACAAGCCACAGAAUGGGUUCAGCAGGCGUUUGCUAAUAUGGAAGGAUAUUUUAUGGAGUUGGGUUUCGAUAAAAAAGAAUUCAAUUUUGCUUAUUGGAUGCCCCGAUUUACCGCAGACAUGACAUUCCUUAUAGCAAUGGACAAGCACGCUUGCACAAUGGCAUCAUUAUACAACUCUUAUAAUCCAUCCAAACCAGCUCCAUAUCCUCAAGAAAUAGUCAAGGAAGCGGAUGAAUUCAUUACAGCGUUCCAGACAUUUACCAGCACAAUGAAGUAUUUUCUCCUGACACCUGAAAUAAUUCGCACGAAAACCCCUAUUGGACGUAGCCAGUCGAAGAAACACAUGGACAAUCUAAACUGGCUUUAUGAGUCCGUGCUUGAAAUUAUUCGAAAAAAGAGAGAAGACUUUGAAAAAAUCGGGGACAAAGAUCAAUUGAAAUCCGAUUUUUUGACAAUGAUGCUUACUGUAAAUACACCCAAAGAUAUGACACAGAACCGGGCGGGAGACAGUAUCAUCAAAGGGCCGUUGACAGACGAAGAUAUCAAAGCUGGUCUGAUAGAAAUGUUGAGUGGUGGUAUUGAUACGACGGCAAAUUUGAUUUGCUUUAUAGUCUACCUUGUAACUAAGCAUCCGGAAGUCAAAGCACGUCUCCGACAAGAGUUUGACACGGUCCUCGGAACGGAUCUUUCUCAUCCAAUCAAAUAUGAGGAUUUGAAUAAACUAGUAUAUACUGACGCUGUCAUUAAGGAAACUGGUCGACUUAUGCCUGUCACUUCCAUAAAUCUCCGUAUGGCCGAAGAAGAUGAUAUAAUUGGUGGAUAUCCCAUUAAGAAAGGUCAACAAAUAGUAAUUUCCACCCUUGGAAUUCAACACAACGCUAAACACUGGCCGAAUCCGAAAGAAUUCAAUCCUGACCGCUUUUUGGAACCGAAUUGUCAUAACAUUGAUAGGUACUCGCUUGAAAUGUUUGGAGGAGGUGUGCGAAUAUGCCCUGGAAGGCAUUUAGCUAUGAUAGAACUGAAAACCAUUGUUGCUUUGAUCUUCCGUAAAUAUGACCCUGAAUUGGCCACACCGGACACUAAGCCGAAGUACAAAAAUGAAUCUAUAAAUCAAUGCUAUGAACUGAUGUUGAGAUUUAAGCCGAGAAAGAUAGAAUAA